AUGAUUUGCGUGCAAUUCGUGCAAAUCAGGAACACAGGCGAGCAGCCGAAAUCAUUUGUCACAGACAAGGAGGCACCGGUAGCCGACUUCAGGCAGCAGACCAGCACGCCCAGGCCGCCAGGAUGGCCGGGCGACGCAACUCCUACACCGCCAUUUUCCUGCUCAUACUCGCUUCAGGAGCAGGGUGCUGACACAAAGGCGCUAGAUGGUGCUCCAGCCCCCUCCCCAGCUGGCUUGCCUGUCCGAGCGUUCUCCAUAGCUGAAGUCCCUGAGGCUGCUCCUGUGAAAAAGCCGGCUCCUGCACCGGCAGCAGACACACUGGAGAGAGCCCCAGUGCACGUGGGGAACCAGACAGCUGAGGCUAAUGCAGCCAAGGUUGCCCCAGCUCCUGUUCCAUCAGAGGAACCAGCGGUGGAGAUCGGAAACCGCACAGCGACACCAUCGUCUGCCGGUGCUCCGAAGGCUGCAGAUAAACCCAAGCGCCAAGAAGAUUCGGAAGGCCCCACUGCAGCUGCAUCUGCACGCGCAGAUGCUCCCAAGGAAGCACCUUCAGCUUCCAAAGUCAGCACAAAAGGUGAGGCCGAGGCUCCGGCUCCAGAGAAGAGAGACGCCGCACCAGCGCCCGCCCCUGAAGCUGAGGAGCCUGCCCGGAAGCUGCCCGUUGCGGGCAACCCCGCCCCUGCCCCGCGCAGCGGCAAGGCGGCGGUACACGCAGAGGCACCCGCCAGCGCGAAGGCGGCCGAGCCACGCCGCGCUGCCGCGCCGGACGCCAGAGCUCCGGGCCCGGCAGCCAAAGUGCCCGAGGCAGAGGCGGCCAUCGCGCCGACACCGGCCAGCGCCGCCGUCAGCCGCGCCAUAGAGGCCCUCGGCCGAGCCACUGCCGCGCGGCGGUCCGCUGUCCUUGACGCGAAGGUCCCAGCGCCCGCCCCGUCCGCCGAGCAUGCCACGCGAAAAGCGCUGGCGGCUGCCGCAGCCCCCGCGCGCAGCCGCAAGCAGGAAGAGGCUGACUCACCCGCGCCCUCCCCUGCCGCAGCCAGCCAUGCUGUCGAGCACGCAAAGGCUGCCGCUCCGGCUCCCGUAGUUGCGCACAGGCCAGAGGAGGCCGAGGCACCGGCGCCGUCCCAUGCAGCGCUGAGGCAUGCAGCGGCGCGCAAAGAGGCGGCCGCUGUUAAAGCGGCCGAAGCACCUGAGCCUAAAGAGGCUGAGGCCCCCGCACCAUCCCGUGCAGCACCGAGGCACGCCGCAGCGCGUAAGGCGGCAGCCGCCGUCAAAGCAGCCGAAGCUCCCGAGCCUGAGCAUCCGGAGGGCGUGCCAGCACCAGCGCCAGCGCACCCCAGGGCUCUGAGAGUGGCUCCCGCGCCUGCCCCUGAGAAGCUUCACCCCCGCGGCCCCGCACCGGCGCCGGCAUUCGUCCCAAAGCUGGCACCGGCCCCCGCUGCGGAGAAGCCGACCGCCGAGGAGGCCGCGCCCGCACCGGCGCCGUCGCACUUCCUUCCACAUUCAAGCGCGAUCCGCAAGCGUGCAGCCGCACAGUCAGCGCACAGGGGCAUUGCGGUGGCGGCCCAGCAGGCUCCCAUGCCCAAGAAGCCUGAGGCAGAGCUUGAGCAGGCGACGGCCCCAGCGCCGGCGCACGGAUUCUGGGCCACAGUUCCAGCACCAGCACCGGCUCAGGGCUACUGGGCCCCUGUCCCUGCGCCAGUUCCCGCCCCCCUCCCCGCCCCCGCGCAGGGACACUUCUCGCCUGUGCCCGCGCCCGCUCCUACACCCAAGGGGCCUGUCACCACCGCCGCAGUGCUGCGGGCCCCUCACGGGGAGCAGCACCCGGCCUCUCCCCCGCCUGAGCCCGUCCAUGCACCGGCCCCUGCGCCCGAAAAGGGCUUCGCCCCCGUCCUGGCGCUGGCCCCGGCACCAGAGCAGGAAUUCGCGCCUGUUCUGGCACCGGCUCCAGCGCAAGAGCAGGCGUUCGCACCUGUUCUGGCACCUGUGCCGGCACCAGAAUUUGCGCCUGUUCUGGCGCCAGCCCGUGCACCAGAGCAGCCGGCGGCUCCACAGAAGCCCAAGAGGGUGGCUGCUGAGCAGGCCGCUCCCGCCCCGGUGCGCGAGGCACCCGCGCCGGCCCCGGCAGCCGAGCCAGUUCUGGCUCCUGCCCCCGGCCCGCAGUUUGCCAACAUCAUCGUGGCGCCGGCGCCUGCUCCCAAGGCGCCGCCGCCGCCGCCGCCCAUCUGCCACGACAACAGACAGCCCUUUUGCCGUUUCUACCUGCGCGAUGUCAUGUGCUGCAGCAACAACAUGGGGCUGAUGACAGACAGGCCGGCGGUGGAGGCAUGGUUGCUCUGCAGCGAGCCGGUGAACCUCCCACCGCAGUGCCUGACCGUGAACUUCCACGCGGACCGUUACGUGAACAGCUCGUACUACCCAGAGUUUGCCACGGCCAGCUCCUCCACCUUCCGCUACAUCGUCAAUUACCGCGCCAACGACAGCGCCGCCCAGGGCAUCAUCACCAUGGACCUCGAGGCCAAGAGGUCCAGCAAGGCGGAGUGCACGAUGCCGCUGCUGAAGCCGUGCACGGUGGAUGGCGCCCUGCACAGCCAGGUGGCGCCCGUGCCGAGCGUUGCCUGGGGUGCCAUCCCCACUCCCAACGGCACCCUCUUCGCCAACUCCGCCGCCUACAGCGCCCCUCGCGCGUCGCCGGUGAGCAACUGGGCGUGGGCGACGGACAGCUAUGCGCAGAGCGUGCAGCCGACGCCCAGCACCUGCGAGGAGCAGCAGAUGUGGGACCUGCCCGGCAGCUUCUUCUCCUACCGCUGGAAGGACUACAGGGGUCGUCAGCGUCCGUGCUCCUCAGACCCAGUCAAUGGAACAGUGGUGGAUGAGGGCUAUGUGGCUGUGCCGAUGACUACCGAGGUCCCCUUGGUGUCAGCUUCCAUGCUGAACUGA